CACCACCACUAGGUCGAGUCGAAGAGGAGGAGGAGGAAGAGGAGGAGGAGGAGGAGGGAUGAGGCGCGCGGCGGAGGGGAAAUGGCUGCCGAAAACAAGCCGGAAGGACUGAAGAAGAUUAGAAAUCCAGAGCGAAUGGUCAGGAUUGCAGUUGGUUACACGGGACACACCCCUCCCAAGAGUGAUGACACCGACGCCAACAGUGAGCCCGGCCAGUUGAAAAUCUACCUUCCUAAGAAGCUACUUGAGUGUCUGCCGAAAUGUUCCUCUCUGCCCAAAGAGCGCCAUCGUUGGAACACUAACGAGGAGAUUGCUGCGUAUCUCAUCACUUUCGAGAAACAUGAUGAGUGGCUGACGACAUCGCCAAAGACCAGGCCUCAAAAUGGCUCCAUGAUCCUUUACAACCGCAAGAAGGUCAAGUACAGGAAAGAUGGCUACUGCUGGAAGAAAAGGAAAGAUGGGAAGACCACCCGGGAGGAUCACAUGAAGCUCAAAGUCCAGGGUGUGGAGUGUCUGUAUGGCUGCUACGUCCACUCCUCCAUCAUCCCCACCUUCCACCGUAGAUGCUAUUGGCUGCUGCAGAACCCGGACAUCGUGCUGGUGCACUAUCUGAACGUUCCGGCGGUGGACGAUAGCGGGAAGCCAUGCGGCCCCGUUCUCUGCUCUAUCAACACGGACAGGAAGGAGUGGGCCAAGUGGAGCAAGGAGGAGCUCAUCGGACAACUCAAACCUAUGUGUGCUGGAAGCAGCCUACACCAGAAAUGCUCCAGUGUCAAGCAGCGCAUCAUCUCAUCCAAGCAGGAGUCAGGGGCAGCAGCAGGGGGUGGCGCGACAGCGGGUGGCGGCGCCACAGCAGGCCAGAGACCUGAGGAAGCAGAUGGCACAGAGGUCCAGAACAGCGAUGUUUCAGAGGGUCAGACAGAGCCCAGUCCAGGGGGGCGCAGGAGCAGGGCAGGCGGGGGCGACAGGAGGAACGGCCGAAUGCCAAAGCCCUCCCUUCUCCCGCAGAGCAGCAUGGAAGUGUCCUCCUCCACCUCCACCAACCAGGUGGAAGUCCCUGACACUACCCAGAGUUCCCCGCUCUCAAUCACCAGUGACAUGGCGGACAGCCCUGCGCUCGCCAUCAGUGCCGGCCUGUCGCAGAGCACUGCCGUGUUCAUGUCCGAAGUCACCACGCUAACCGGGGAUUCGGUUUAUUCAGCUGGCCACACCCACCUUCUGCCGUCCGCCCACGAGAGCGCCGCCACUGGCAUCCUGUUGGCCGUCGCCCCCGAAAACCAGAGGUUUGCGUCCUUUCCCGGAGGCGUGGGCUUAGGGGAGGGAGGAGAGUUGGUUCUUUCCAGUUCGCUUGACACGGGCGGAGGAGUCAGCCUUCCGGAGGCUGCCAUGACCUUUGACCCUGACUGCUUCCUUAAUAACCCCAAGCAGGGCCAGACCUACGGAGGAGGUGGAGGAAAGACUGAGGGGUGUAACGGUAACGAUGGGGGGAUCCACUGUUCAUCUAACGGCUUCGUGUACAACCCGUCCCUCGUCAACAACAUCAAGAAGGAAGCGACGCCGAUGGAGCAGCCACUGGCCCCGCAGAGUAGUUAUGUCGGAGAGGGAGCGGGCCUCAGCCCCAGCACCACUCUGGAGCAGAUGGACUUUAGUGCUGUCAUGUCAUCACCGUGCGUCCCGGGUCUCACCCAGUCCGCGCACCACCCUUCGCCAAAUCUCUUCCUCCAGACCUCCACGCACACCAACCCGCCCUCCCAGCAGCAGACCAACGGCACUGAGGCAGCACAGGAAUCCGAUGACGCCAGAGCUUACAUCAGCCUGCCGGCGGAUCACCCGAUCACCAACGGAGACCACCGUGCACACCUCCACCAAACCAGUCAAGACCAAGCCCUGUGUGGGAGGAACGGAAAAGGAACAUCAGUGGCCUCUUUCCCCCUAACGGGCCAGGACGCUAAUGUUGAGCAGCCCGGCGGCGGGGUUCGCCAGGAGGUCGGUGGCAAAGUUCUUGAGAAUGGCGCAGAGUUGCUGCUCAAGCCUGGCGCUGCUCACGAGGCUUACGCCAGUGUGGACGCUGAGCACUACCUCCACCCUACGGAUGGCAAUGGAGUUGGGGACGAAGCGGGAGGGGGCUGUGGACCUGCAGGAGGAGGAGAAAAUGAAAUUCUAUGUAACGGAGUAAGCUUGUCUGGGGCCGGCGGCUCGGUCGUGGCCAGUCCUCAGUCAAUAGGCGCUGCGGGUGCGAGCAUGGAGAGGGCACUCUACAAUUCCUCUCUUCCUCCACAAGGUGGAGGCGUAACUGCCACGGCGGCUGCAGCAGGAGCAGCCAUCAGCCUGGAGGGCUUUGAGGCUUCGUUUGGAAGCCAGUUCUCUGAUCUAAUCAACGAUUUCAUCUCGGUCGAAGGGUCUGCGGGCGGGGUAGGGGCUGCCGUCAACGGGGUGCUGAUGCCUCAGGAGGGCGCGGUGGGAGAGGAGCAGGGCACAGGGGAAGGCCACCUACAGGGCUCGGAAGUGGAGCAGGGAGCUCUGGGAAUGCUCCAAGAGACCGGGAGGCUGUUUGCUGUGACAGACUACUCCCCAGAGUGGUCUUAUCCAGAGGGUGGCGUGAAGGUCCUUAUCACGGGGCCGUGGUUGGAGUCAAGCAGUGAGUACAGCUGUCUGUUUGACCACAUCAGCGUCCCUGCGGCCCUCAUCCAGCCUGGCGUGCUGCGCUGCUACUGUCCAGCCCAUGACACAGGACUCGUCAUGCUGCAGGUAGCAAUGGGUGGCGAGGUCAUCUCUUCUUCUGUGGUUUUUGAAUACAAGGCACGCGACCUUCCUGCCCUCCCAUCCUCUCAACACGACUGGCUGUCUUUGGACGAUACCCAGUUCAGGAUGUCCAUCUUGGAGCGUCUGGAGCAGAUGGAACAGAGGAUGGCGGAUAUAACCAAUCAAAACCCUGGCUCUGAAACUAUGGCAACCAAGAGUGGAGGUGUAGAGGGAGGGGGAGCCGCCGAACAGCAAUCUCAAACGUCCCCUGACCACAGCUCAUUUGAGGGUCGUGUUGUAGUCGUGUGCGAGAAGAUGAUGUCCCAGCCCUGUUGGGCUUCCUCCAAUCAACUCGUCCACAGCAAGAACUCGAGAGGAAUGACCUUAUUGCAUCUGGCUGCAGCUCAAGGCUAUGCCGGGCUCAUUCAGACUCUCAUCCGCUGGCGCACCAAGCACGCUGACAGUAUUGACCUCGAGCUGGAGGUGGAUCCUCUUAAUGUCGACCAUUUCUCCUGCACACCACUGAUGUGGGCAUGCGCUCUGGGUCAUACUGACGCAGCACUGGUGCUUUACCAGUGGGACCCAAGAGCUUUGGCAAUUCCCGAUUCUCUGGGACGCUUGCCGCUCAAUAUCGCCAGAUCUCGAGGCCACACGCGACUGGCUGAGCUCUUGGAGCAGCUACAACAAAGUCCUCAAGCUCAAAGUCAGCCUGCUGACACGUGGAUGGACAGGUGGAGAGGAGGCUCCGAGAUCAGCAGAAUAAACAACAGUCACUCCUCAAAUGGAAACUCGGAACUGAGGCGAGCCCGCACUGAGAGCCAGCCCAGCAACCAGACCUGGAACCAAACAGGACACAGAGCUUCACAGACAACCCAGGGAGAGCAAGGGGGUCCACCCCCAGCGAAAAGACUCAAGCCCACCCAGCAACAGCUCGCUAACUCAACCUCCAGCAACCUCAACUCCCUCCCCAACCACCACAGCCCGAACACUCACACUUCCCCUCUUCCAAGUCCUCAACAAAGCCAACAUCCCAACCUCAGCAAUCGGAGCGCACCUCCCGCCAGCUUCAGUCCUGACUGUCUUCAGCUCGCCAGCCCCUCCUUCUCCCACCUGCAGGCCAGGAUAGGGGCGUCUGGAGGCGGGGCCAGGUGGAGUCUGAGACAGACUCUGGGGCAGCGUAGUCUAGCCAGGAGGAUUCUCGGCAAGGAGCGACUAGCUGUUCACCUGCGCCAGAGAGUCCUGUCAGAUAGGGGAGAGGGGACGGAGCUGCUGACCUAUCAGGAUAACACAGAGGACUUGCAGAUGGACAUUUCAAUGCUCACUGAUCACAUCAUGGAGACAUCCACUGCUCGACUCAAACAGGAGGAUAUGGAGACUGAGACAGACUCCGGAAGGGUGGGCCUCGGCGGCGAUGUCAGACUACUGUCCGGUUAUCUUGCUGAGGUGGAAAGGUUCCUUAAUGCCAAGCCCCAGACUCCUGGCCCGAAAGCAAACUCUCACUCAGGGCCUGAGGCUAUGAAAGCCGAACGCUUGAAAACGGACUCCUCCUUUCUUGCCAUGACAGAAGCGGAGCAGAGAGAGCUGUGUGACACCAUCAGGAAUGCUCUGCACUCUCUUCGAAAACACAAGUAUGCACUUUAUAAGAGGAUGACCCUGGCAGCCAUCCUGAUCCAGAGUCGUUUCCGGAGUUUCCAUGAGCAGAGGAAGUUCCAGCAGAGUCGCAGAGCAGCAGUCCUCAUACAGCAAUACUAUCGCUCCUACAGACACUCCCUCAGCAACCUUCUGACAAAGAAACAGAACCAGGCUGCACGCAAGAUCCUGAGGUUUCUGCUCCGAUGCCGCCACAGGGUCAGAGAGCAGAAAAAGGCCAGGGGUCCUGAGAUCCCACCGCCAGGCCCCACCCACAGCCCACUAAGCCUGUGAGCAACCCCCCCAUUCCCUUUCUUUUUCUCUUUCCUCUCCAAUCUAUAUUCCUCCCUGCCUCCCUCUCCUCCCCCAUCCAUUCUCUCCUCCCCCCCUUUUUCGCUCGCCCUCUAUCCUGUCCUCUCGAGAGGAAGACGCUUCCCAUAGAGACGGAGGAUAGGCUAGGUGUCCAUCAUGGCAGCUCAGACAGACAGACUACCAGGGCGAGCCCAGGGAUCUGGCUCCGUCCGCAGCACUGAUCCUCCUCCGCAGUUCCACUGGGAGGCCAUCGCAUUAACCUCAUGGCAUUCUUUGCACUCUUCAUGGGUAUGUUUCCAAGCGGGAGGAAGCGGAUGGCUGCCGGCGUCGGCGCGGCGCCGCCCGGUUGUGGUGAAACGCUUCAGCUCGCUCACUCGCCAAAGGCAACUUGGAUUUGCCGAACUCAUGCAAAACCCGUUGCGUUUUGUACCCAAACACUGAUCCAUGAAAGGAUAAGAAAACAUAAACCAAAAAAAACUCACGUCUAUGUCGCAUAUGCAUGCAAGUUACUUCUUGGUUCUUUUUUUGCUUAUUCCUCCUCUCCAUCAUGCCCAAGAGCUCUCGAGACAAACCAUCCUGUUAAUCAUCAUAAUGUCACCAACCAGUCUGACUCUUCUUACAUUACUUACAAACCUACCAAUCAGUCACCUGAUCAAAAAGGGGAGGAACCACUUGAAUGUAAGAGGAGCAUUGUUUCCGUGAGGGUGGGAGUCUGAAUUAACGAUGUCUUAAUUUGUUACAUGGACUUUGUAUGGAGUUUGUUCUCAGAGGCGACACUUUGCUCGCCCGCGUGGUGUCCGUGUUCGUUCAAUUCAAUGCAUGUGUUUGAGCCGUGAGCUCCUGCAUGCUUGCCAAACUGCUUUCGUGUUGUUUCUUUUGUAUUUCUAUGUGGAGUUGUGUCUCACUGUUCUCAUCGACUUAUCCUUGCCCUGCGUAAUGUGAACUGUGUUAAGGACAAAUGACAAUAUUUGGGGUGCUUUUUUUAAAAAAAAAAAACAGCAACAACAACAACGUUUUUUUUUUUUUUUUGGUUUAUUUUUGGGGUCUAAUUAUUUAUUUGAGAAGUGGUUAAGCUUGAGACUGGUUUCCCCCCCCACCCCUGCCCCCCCUUGUGUGCUAAAAUAUGACAUGUUGCGGUGAUUAAAUGUCUCUGUUAGUUCUUUGCGUGAACCUCUAAAUCCUAGCUGUGGUUUUGAGGAAAGAGUAACAUACAGUAACAUUGCCUUGACUUCUUCCUGACUCUGAGAGGUCUCUAUGCUUGCUCUGUACAGGACACGGGUCCAGUACCUUCCCCGAUACGGGGCAUUGAUCCCCAUAUUAGCCCAUACGGGCAAUCAAAUCCUUAUUUUGGACUAUUGCAUAUUCCUGUAUAUAAACUGACGAGGUAAGGGGAUACGAGGACCCUGAAACUUUUUCAUAAGAGGACUGUAUUUAAGAUUAUAAAUUAUUUUACUCCCAUAAUGAGAACUUAACAUAAAGACCUGGCUACACAGGAUGGCUGUAUUGCUUGUACAUAAUGUAGAUAUUACAAACUGAGUAAUGUGCAUGAUAUUUAAGACGCAGAAACAACAAAAAGAACAUGUUAGUGGCGGCUAUGGACUGUGAGAGGAUUUUAACGGCUUCACUUUAAGAGUAUCCAGUAUAAGUGUUACUGAAAAGAACAUUUUGUUCAAGCAUGCAAAUGAAAAAUCUAACGUUAGAAUUAAAUAAGUGGGAAAAACAAAGUUAGCUGAAACAAUGAUCUUUCAGACAAAACAUUUACACGUUGUGCUUUUGUUCCUUGGCUCGCAAGAAUCCAACACUUUUUGCCAGUAGUGCCAAUUAUUAUGAAUGCUAUUUUGCCUAAUACAUUUUGUUGGGAGAAAAGAAAAAAAAUACCAACACCCAAAAGAUAUCAGUAAGAUGCACAGAGGCAACACACACAGACUAUAAACAGUAGACAAGAUAGUAAAUAGCUCAACAGUAGUUCGACUAGAGGAUGACAUUGAAGAUGCAAUUGUUAAAAUAACGGUGAUGAAGACGCUGACAAAGAUCGUUUUUAAUGUGAAUGCAUUGACCCAAAAAAGACAAGAAGAGGGUGCUACGUUCUUUACAAUGUGGUUGUGCUUCAGCAACAUACUACUUUUCGUUCAACCAUUCUCACCAUUCAGUCAAACAGAAUGUCUCCGUCCCACUCCUUACAUAUCAUUUCAAACCUGCUCUCCAUUCUCACUGCCAUGAUGUAACACGUGCUUAAGCGCUCUGGAAAGCUCUGUUUAGGAAGUGCCUGAUCAAUAACAGAAAAUUGCAAGUUCAUAUCAGGAAAAAUAGCUAUUGUGUGUUCUCCGAAUGGCUGCCAGUUUACCUUUUUCUUUCUCCUAAAUGGUGUGUUAAAAAAUGACAGUGUUGGACUUGAUUCGAGUUAUUGCAAGUUACGAGUUAUGUGCGCUAAUUUGUCAGAGGCUGGACUGAAUGCUCAUGAUCAUUUUUGCCCGCUUGUGUGUGUGCAAUGUUCAGUAUUAGAACGGUCAAAUCUCUCAAUUCUCUGUCACGAGUCAAUCGAAUGCCUUGGAGUCAGAGCCUGUGUUUUCUUGCACGGGUUCGCAUGGAAACGUUCUCGUAGCAUUAAGCAGAAAAUAAGAACACAGCCGUUUUCCAGACAACAUGUCUUGUGCAUUCUCUCUCGCUUUCUCCAUUCACCCCAUGUCUCGCUCUUUCUCACACAGACACACACGUACACACACUCAAGUGCACACGGUCAGAAAUACCAGAAGGCCACAGUCUUUCUCUCUGUGCUUAUGUCUUUGGGAACGGUUCAAUCUCUCCCUUAGAUUUUACUCAGGGUUGAAGAACAGGGAGAUAAAAUGUGGAGUGUCGCUAACUCAUCGCUAACACUUUGUGUAUGCACGUGUAUUCCGUACGUUAGGGAUACUCCGGUUUGUUUAUCUAUCGAGUUGAGUCAGCUCAUUUUCUAUCGUGGUUCUUAACUGGCCCUCUCUCAUGCAUAUAGUCUCAUUUUGUGAGGCAGUGAAUGUGAUUUAUUGAAACUGUAACGUGUGUCAUUUUUUUUCUACGAGAAAAGAAAAAUAAGUAUUGAGUGAUUUCUAAUGGUCAUAAACGCACAAGAUUAAUACAAAGAAUUCAAAAUACAGUACUGUAAGUUUCAGUCAUGUGUUACCUUAAUUCAAACACAAGUUUAGUGCUAAAUAUUUGGAAGAUCUCAAAAUUGUGCCCUCAGUAUCUUUCUCAAUUAAACACUCCUCCCACAUCAUCACAACUUCUUUUUAGAUACUCAAAACACACACACACACACACCGCAAUAUCCUCGCGCACAGAACGGCUAACACGGAGAUCACUAUGCUUUUGUUUAUGGAGAGAGUGUUGGCUGGAAGAAGAACAAAAGAGAUUAUGUCAAAAAAAAAAAACUUGUCAAUGAAAAAAAAGUUAAGGUAUGAAUGAGACAGUUGAUGGCAGACGUGCGGAGAUGUCCUCUGUUUCCCAAUGGUGCGCCUGGAAAAUGAAUGGUACCUGUAUAACCUUUUUUGCCUUGUCUCUGAGGCAGAGUGCCCAAACACCACAUUGCAUGCUCGAAUGGUAGACCCUCAUAGAUAAGCUAAGGUUUAGACCUCUCCACUCCCCUGUCUUCCCUCUGUCUCAUCUCCUGCUCUAUUCCAACCUUGCCUGCUGUUGUGUUCUCCAUGCCUAUCAUUCCUCUUCUUUUGUAGCCUACUUUGACUUCCUAUGUUCUACUUUUUGGGUUUGCAUGCACAAGCAUCACAAAAACUGUCGAUGUUUUUAAGAGAAUAUUUUGUUGCUGAGGCCAUGCAAAGUGUUUUGAAUAUUGCCCUUAUAUGUGGAAAAUGUCCUCUGAAUGCUUUACAUAAUUUCUGCUGUAAAAUGAAAUCAGAAUAAAAAAGAAAAUUUGCACUUUAA